AUGGGUAUCAUAUAUUCUUUACCAUAUACUGGAGAAUACUCCCCAAUGUUACCAUUAAUUGGAACAGGAAAAUAUAAAGUAUCAUGUGCUGAUCUUAUGAUUGAUACCGGUGGUGAUAUAAUACAAGUCAAUGAUAAAGGGAUAAAAGAAGUUUGUAAAAAUUUAGGAACUUUUUUUAGAUUAUAUUAUCCUACUGAAAUUAAAAAUUUGGAUUCAAAAGAUAAUAAUAACAAUAAAAUUCACCCAUUAUGGGUACCACGAACAGAAUAUUUUACAGGUUUGGCUGAUUAUCAAGAAAUGUCUAGAUUUAAGUUAAGAGCCAUGAUGAAUACUGUUGUUGGUCAAAGAAGAAUACCAGCAACAUGGCAAGAAAAACUUAUAGAAAAUGAUGAUACAAAAGAUAUACCAUCAAAAUUUCCUGUUAUUAUUUUUUCACAUGGUCUCUCAGGUUGUAGACAUUUUUAUACAGUAAUAUCAACAGCUUUAGCUUCAUACGGUUAUAUUGUUGCUGCAUUAGAACAUAGAGAUUUAACAUCUUGUUGGACAUAUACUUUAUCAUAUGAUAAUGAUUUUAAACAUAAAAUUGAAACAUCCAUACCAAUGAGAAUGGUUGUUUCAGAACAUAAAGAUAUAAAAUUAAGAGGAAAACAAGUUUGUACACGUAUUAAAGAGUAUAAAACUUUAUAUAAAUUACUUCAUCAAUUAAAUGCUGGAGCACUUGGUACAUCACAAUCUAAGAUAUUGUUAGGUGAUGAAUUUGAUUGGGGUCAAUUUACUAAUAAACUUGAUCUUGAUCAAACAUUUCUUGUUGGUCAUUCAUUUGGUGCAACAUCAGCUGUUGCAGCAUUAGCUAAUUCAAAUGACUUUAAAGCAGCCGUUUGUUUAGAUGCAUGGAUGGAUCCAGUUAAAAUUGAUUUAUUACAUAAUAUAGAAAAACCUUGCUUAUUUUUUAAUAUUGAAGGUUUUCAAUUUCCAGAAAAUGUAAAAAGAAUAUUACUUGUAAAUAAAAAUGGAAAUAAAGAAAAUAGUUUUAUGUAUACAUUGAAAGGUGCUGUUCAUCAAUCAUUUAGUGAUUUUAGUUUUCUUCAUCCAGGAUUUAUUGGUAAAGCUGCCGGAUUACAGGGUUCAAAUGAUCCAUUACUUAUUGGAGAAGUAGCAACGGAAAUGAUUCAUAAUUAUUUCCAAAAAUUAAUUAAAAAGGAAGAUGCUCAUGAUAUUUUAGAAGAUAUACGUAAAAAACACGAUUUUAUUAUUAAAGGAACAACUUUAGUACUUGACAAUUGUGAGCUUGUAGAAAAAUUGUAA